UAGCAGUAUUACCAAAUGCAGUGAUAUUGCCCAAUAGCAAGUGGAGGAGAAGAGGAAUGGGGAUGGGCUGUCUCCUAAUGCUUUAUAAACGCCCGGAUACAUCUUCCGUCAGAUGCACGUAGCGAGAAAAUAUAACCAACCAUUUGUUAGUGAAUACAUUUUACUGAGGCGAUUUGCAAACAAUUUAAAGUGUUUAACUACUUUGUGUGGGUGUUCAACAGUGGACAAUCAAACUUAACAGGUAAGUGUUUUUUCAUCGAUCUCUGGAUAUUACGUCGCAAUUUAAUUGACCUAAAUGCAGGUCAUUUAAACUUUCCAGAUGUUAGUGGCAGUGUAGCUACUGCGUCAAACCAGCAUGUGCACGCACCACGAGCUCCAUUAUGCCAAACAGGAAAUUUGUUGUUAACAAUUUCAACAGUUUAAAAAAAAACUUUUUUUGUUGUAAUUUUACGCCUUUUUUUCUCCCCAUUUUCGUGAUAUCCAAUUGCGAUCUUGUCUCAUCGCUGCAACUCCCCUGCGUUUGUGUAUUAGUGUGUAGUGAUGGGAAACCGAGGCUUUCUGAAGCCUUUGGGACUUCCACCAAAAUGUGCCGGAAAACUGUUUAUUACUCGGAGCUUUUAACACAAUGCACAUUAGUGAUAUCUGCUGGCCAGCAAUGAAAAGCAGCGUUUGAUGUUCAUAUAUAAAUAUUUUCCAUAAAAUUCAUCAAAUCACUGUGGCGUAGUGGUUAGUCUUGGGUUUUAGUAGUCUAUUAUCAGUUACUGUUACAGGUUUUCACCUUCUGUCAUGCUUCACUUUUUUGCUGUGAAUCCUUUUUUUCUUUCUGUAAAACUGUGAAUCAUUAUUUAAGCUAGAAGCCUAUACUUUAUUAAAUAAAAUGAAUUGUUUUAACAACAAUGUUAAUGCCAAAAUAAUCCAUCCACCUGACAGGUGUGCCAUAUCAAGACGCUGAUUAAACAGCAUGAUCAUUAUACAGGUGCACCUUGUGCUGGGCACAAUAAAAGGCCACUCUAAAAUGUGCAGUUUUGUCACACAACAAUGCCACAGAUGUAUCAAGUUGAGGGAGCAUGCAAUUGGCAUGCUGACUGCAGGAAUGUCCACCAGAGUUGUUGCCAGAGAAUGUAAUGUUCAUUUCUCUACCAAAGCCCCCUCCAAAGCCGUUUUAGAGAAUUUGACAGUACGUCCAACUGGAUUCAUAACAGCAGACCACGUGUAACCACGCCAGCCCAGGACCUCCAUAUCUGGCUUCUAAACUUGUAGGAUCAUCUGAGACCAGCCACCCGGACAGCUGAUGAAACUGUGGGUUUGCACAACUGAAGAAUUUCUGCACAAACUGUCAAAAACUGUCUCGGGGAAGCUCAUCUGUGUGCUUGUCGUCCUCACCAGGGUCUUGACCUGACUGCAGUUUGGCGUCAGUGGGCAAAUGCUCACCUUCGAUGGCCACUGGCACGCUGGAGAAGUAUGCUCUUCACGGAUUAAUCCCGGUUUCAACUGUACCGAGCAGAUUGCAGACCGCAUGUAUGGCUUUGUGUGGGUGAGCGGUUUGCUGAUGUCAACGUUGUGAAUGGCGUGGUGAUGAUGCCAUGGUGGCGGUGGGGUUAUGGUAUAGGCAGGCAUAAGCUAAGGACAACGAAGUUAAUCACAUUUUAUCUAUGUUCAUUUGAAUGCACAGGGAUACCGUGACGAGAUCCUGAGGCCCAUUGUUGUGCCAUUCAGCCUCCGCCACCACCUCAUGUUCAUCGAGAGCAUCCUGAUCGAUUGCAUCACCGCCUGGUAUGGCAACUGCUCGGCAUCUGACCAUAAGGCGCUACAGAGGAUAGUGCGUAUUGCCCAGUACAUCACUGGGGCCAAGCUUCCUGCCAUCCAGGACCUAUAUACUAGGCGGUGUCAGAGGAAGGCCCCAAAAGAAUUCUAAGACUCCAGUCAUAGAAUGUUCUCUCUGCUACCGCACGGGUAGCAGUACUGGAGCGCCAAGUCUAGGUCCAAAAGGUUCCUUAACAGCUUCUAUCCCCAAGCCAUAAAACUGCUGAACAAUUAAUCAAAUGGCCACCUGUGAUAAUGUUACUUUGAAACGAGCAUCGGUACAUUUGGUCGGAUCCGUAGUGCUUUGAAAACCGCAUCGGAGCUCCGGUAUCAAUCGUCCCAUCACUAGUUCUUGACAUGGUUUCUUUCGUGAAUGAUUUGAUUUAUUUCUAGAGAAACGGCGCGUUGGGCUCACAAAAGAAACAAACUAAAUGGAAUUAAAGUAAUUUGAACUGACUCUGUCAAAAAAAAAAUAAAAAUUUUUUUUAUUGGUUAAUCGCUCAGCACUAAUUAGGAAGCAAUAGGCCUACAUGUAUAUAAUAUUUCCAGGUCUCAUCCCAGUGUUUAAAGAUAUUAUUGGAAAAUAGAUAUAUCAAUGCAUAGGAUGAUGUUUUGAUAAUAUGCUUAGCAGAUAUCUCAAAUGAAGGUAGUUAAGUCAAAAGUAGUAAGCUAGGCCUACACCAUAACCCUCUAGCCCAAAGGCCAGCAGAUGGCGCUUUUUAGUCAUUUCCAUCUUACUGUCCAAACGCAUUGUAAAUCAAAUCAAAUUGUAUUGGUCACAUACACAUAUUUAGCAGAUGUUAUUACGGGUGUAGCGAAAUGCUUGUUUUCCUAGCUCCAACAGUGCAGUAGUAUCUAACAAUUCACAACAAUAAACACAAAUCUAAAGUAAAAUAAUAUAUAAAUAUUAGGAUGAGCAAUGUCGGAGUGGCAUUGACUAAAAUACAGUAGAAUAAAUACAGUAUAUACAUAUGAAAUGAGUAAAGCAUUAUGUAAACAUUAUUAAAGGGACUGGUGUUCCAUUAUUAAAGUGACCAGUGAUUCCAUGUCUAUGUAUAUAGGGCAGCAGCCUCCAAGGUGCAGGGUUGAGUAACCGGGUGGUAGCCGGCUAGUGAUGGCUAAUUAACAGUCUCAUGGCCUUGAGCUAGAAACUGUUUUUCAGUCUCUCGGUCCCAGCUUUGAUGCACCUAUACUGACCUCGCCUUCUGGAUGGUAGCGGGGUGAACAGGCCGUGGCUCGGGUGGUUGAUGUCCUUGAUCUUUUUGGCCUUCCUGUGACAUUGGGUGCUGUAGGUGUCCUGGAGGGCAGACAGUGUGCCCCCGGCAACGCGUUGGGCAGACCGCACCACCCUCUGGAGAGCCCUGCGGUUGCGGGCGGUGCAAUUACUGUACCAGGCGGUGAUACAGCCUGAUCAGAUGCUCUCAAUUGUGCAUCUGUAAAAGUUUGAGGGUCUUAGGGGCCAAGCCACAUUUCUCCAGCCUCCUGAGGUUGAAGAGGCGCUGUUGCGCCUUCUUCACCACACUCACUAUGUGGGUGGACCAUUUCAGAUUGUCAGUGAUGUGUAUGCCGAGGAACUUGAAGCUUUUCACCUUCUCCACUGCGGACCCGUCAAUGUGGAUAGGGGCGUGCUACCUCUGCUGUUUCCUGAAGUCCACGAUCAGCUCCUUCGUUUUGUUGAGGGAGAGGUUAUUUUCCUGGCACCACUCCGCCAGGGCCCUCACCUCCUCCCUGUAGGCUGUCUCGUCAUUGUUGGUAAUCAGGCCUACUACUGUUGUGUCGUCUGCAAACUUGAUGAUUGAGUUGGAGGCCUGCGUUGCCACGCAGUCAUGGGUGAACAGUGAGUACAGGAGGGGGCUGAGCACGCACCCUUGUGGGGCCCCUGUGUUGAGGAUCAGUGACGUGGAGGUGUUGUUUCCUACCUUCACCACCUGGGGGCGGCCUGUAAGGAAGUCCAGGACCCAGUUGCACAGGGCGGGGUUCAGACCUAAGGCCCCAAGCUUAAUGAUCAGCUUGGAGGGUACUAUGGUGUUGAAUGCUGAGCUAUUAUCAAGGAACACCAUUCUUACAUAGGUAUUCCUCUUGUCCAGAUGGGAUAGGGCAGUGUGAUGGCGAUUGCAUCGUCUGUGGAUCUAUUGGGGCGGUAUGCAAAUUGAAGUGGGUCUAGGGUGUAAGGUAGAGGUGAUAUGAUCCUUGACUAGCCUCUCAAAGCACUUCAUGAUGACAGAAGUGAGUGCUACGGGGCAAUAGUCAUUUAGUUCAGUUACCUUUGUUUUCUCGGGUACAGGAACAAUGGUGGACAUCUUGAAGCAAGGGGGACAGCAGACUGGGAUAGGGAGCGAUUUAAUGUCCGUUAACACUCCAGUCAGCUGGUCUGCGCAUGCUCUGAGGACGCGGCGGCUAGGGAUGCCGUCUGGGCCGACAGUCUUGCGAGGGUUAACACACUUAAAUGUCUUACUCACGUUGGCCACAGAGAACGAGAGCCCAUAGUCCUUGGGCGCGGGCCGUGUCGGUGGCACUGUGUUAUUACAAAGGGGGGAGGAGCUCCAUUGGACAUGAAUUAACAUUAAUUUCGUGAACAAGCAGUACAAUAUUGCAAAUCUUUUCCGAGAUGUGAGAUAAUUAACUUGUUCUCUGUAAUAUCGCUUUGGAAUUGUGACAUUACGUACUUUAGAGGAAAAUAGGCAGUUUCUCGACUCAUACAGUGCCUUGAGUUUGAGAAGGGAUUACGUCACAAUUAGCCUAGCAACCGUUUGACUUAGCAUGACACCAUGAACACGAUUGGUCGAUAGUCUGCUGGGUGGGGCAUUAUACGUUUCUCCAUUCAUUACCCAAUAGGAUUCCUUUCUCUAAUAUAUCUGUCUGAACGCAGUGCACAACGUCAGGAUGUAGCAUUAGCAACUAGAAUGGUGGUGGGAAAUGGUUUUUCAUAAAGAAAGUAUGCGGUUUCCGCCUUCUUGCCAUUAAAUCUAGUUAAGGAGGAAAUCGACGCCUUUGCAGCCUGAAUGAAAAAUGUUUUAGUUACGAACCGGUCCACGGGGGAUACGAGCGUAUUGCCAGCUGCAUAUAAUGCGUGUAGAUGGUAAGAUGAAACAAUCAAUAUCGCCAUCUGCUGGCCUUUGGGCUAAGUGACCCUCUGACUAUCUAGCACAGGGGUUCCCAAACCUUUUCGCUCAGGCCACCUUUCGAGCAUUGGGGAACAUCCGGUCUAUUUCUAUGGGCAAAAGCACUGUUGAUGACGCAAAUUGUUCACACCCUUCUUGUUGGUGGAGAUGAUUUUACAGGUUGAAAGCUUAUUUCCUGCAAUUCUAUACAUUUGCCAUGGGAUGGGUAAUUAUUUUUUGCAAUUUUUAAGCUAAUUUCCAGCUUUCCUACACCCUUUGCCAUGUCUUAAGUGUAUUCAUGUGAUAUAGCAGUGACAUGCCCAUUCCCUGGUUGCUGUAGCAUUAGGCUUAGUACAUCACAAGUUAUCCUCUCAUUUCAAUUGGGUCAACCUUUUGCCUUAGUAGCAUAUUUUUUGUGGUACCCUCGGACCACCCUUAUGAUCUCCCUACUAUGAGCCGUAUCAGAUAAUGCACCUACAUUCUGCUGUGUUUACAUGUGUAAAUCUGUAGGAGCUUAGAUUAGCUAGUAGGAGUCUGCCCUGCUGCUAAUAUUUCCGAAUGGGGGGGGGCAGGGGAUUUGACGGAUUAAAUUAGUAACGAAAGAUUAGUGAAGCAAUCAUUGUUUCUACAGAUGCAGCUGGUUUGGUUUUUGGAUUGAAUUUAAACGAACAAAAAAGGAUGGUGGCGGUGUCCUUAAUUCUAGCUAUCUAAAAGGGAGACUUUGCUUCGCAAUUCCAAUCAGUACGGUUUUGUCAACCAAGUAGUGGAGAGUAGGUGUUUUGUAACAUUAUUUAAAUAAUCUGGUUUUAAACUGUCGCUCCCUCUGUCUCCCUCAACAUUUAGGACUACUCAGUCAGAAUGUGUUAAAUAGAGUAUUGUGCCAAUAUUUGUCACGCAGACUCUUUAUCGUUCCAAUAUUUCCUGUGUUGGAUGAUUGCAUAAGGCAGUCUCACUUCUGCACGCUAAGAUUAUUUUAGUUGUCUGUCUUCAUCUACGCACAAGUUCUAGAAAAACACAAGUGUGGAAGGAGAGCUCAGGAUCUGAUACGUGGUAGAGCACCACACUGUAAGAAAAAUAUAUGUUGUGGUUGUGCUUAGGAGGUAGUAAGAUCUUAAUCUCCCAUAGAUACAGUUGAAGUUGGAAGUUUACAUACACCUUAGCCAAAUACAUUUAAACUCAGUUUUCAUAAUUCCUGACAUUUAAUCCUAGUAAAAAUUCCCUGUUUUAGGUCAGUUAGGAUCACCACUUUUAUUUUAAGAAUGUGAAAUGUCAGAAUAAUAGUAGAUUGAUUUUAUAUCAGCUUUUAUUUAUUUCAUCACAUUCCCAGUGGGUCAGAUGUUUACAUACACUCAAUUAGUAUUUGGUAGCAUUUUCUUUAAAUUGUUUAACUUGGGUCAAACAUUUUGGGUAGCCUUCCACAAGCUUCCCACAAUCAUUUUGGUGAAUUUUGGCCCAUUCCUCCUGACAGAGCUGGUGUAACUGAGUCAGGUUUGUAGGCCUCCUUGCUCACACACACUUUUUCAGUUCUGCCCACAAAUGUUCUAUAGGAUUGAGGUCAGGGCUUUGUGACGGCCACUCCAAUACCUUGACUUUGUUGUCCUUAAGCCAUUUUGCCACAACUUUGGAAGUAUGCUUGGGGUCAUUGUCCAUUUGGAAAACCCAUUUCCGACCAAGCUUUAACUUCCUGACUGAUGUCUUGAGAUGUUGCUUCAAUAUAUCCACAUAAUUUUCCUUUCUCAUGAUGCCAUCUAUUUUGUGAAGUGCACCAGUCCCUCCUGCAGAAAAGCACCCCCACAGCAUGAUGCUGCCACCCCCGUGCUUCACGGUUGGUAUGGUGUUCUUCGGCUUGCAAGCAUCCGUUCUAUUUUUGUUUGAUCAGACCAGAAGACAUUUCUCCAAAAAGUACGAUCUUUGUCCCCAUGUGCAGUUGCAAACCGUAGUCUGGCUUUUUUAUGGCGGUUUUGGAGCAGUGGCUUCUUCCAUGCUGAGUGGCCUUUCAGAUUAUGUCGAUAUAGGACUCAUUUUACUGUGGAUAUAGAUACUUUUGUACCUGUUUCCUCCAGCAUCUUCACGAGGUCCUUUGCUGUUGCUCUGGGAUUGAUUUGCACACCAAAGUACAUUCACGCAUCUCUAUCCUGAGCGGUAUGACGGGUGCGUGGUCCCAUGGUAUUUAUAUUUGCGUACUAUUGUUUGUACAGAUAAACAUGGUAAUUUCAGGCGUUUGGAAAUUGCUCCCAAGGAUGAACCAGACUUGUGGAGGUCUACAAUGUUUUUCUGAGGUCUUGGCUGAUUUCUUUUGAUUUUCCCAUGAUGUAAAGCAAAGAGGCACUGAGUUUGAAGGUAGGCCUUGAAAUACAUCCACAGGUACACCUCCAAUUAAUUACAUUUUACAUUUUAGUAAUUUAGCAGACGCUCUUAUCCAGAGCGAUUUACAGUUAGUGCAUACAUUUUUCACACUGGCCCCCCGUGGGAAUUGAACUCACAACCCUGGCGUUGCAAGCGCCAUGCUCUACCAACUGAGCUACAGGAGGACUCAAAUGAUGUCAAUUAGCCUAUCAGAAGCCUCUAAAACCAUGACAUAAUUUUCUGGAAUUUCCCAAGCUGUUUAAAGUCACAGUCAACUUAGUGAAUUUAAACUUCUGACCCACUGGAAUUGUGAUACAGUGAAAUAAUCUGUCUGUAAACAAUUGUUGGAAAAAUUACGUGUCAUGCACAAAGUAGAUGUCCUAACCGACUUGCCAAAACUAUAGUUUGUUAACAAGAAAUUUGUGGAGUGGUUGAAAAACAAGUUUUAAUGACUUCAACCUGAGUGUAUGUAAACUUCUGACUUCAACUGUAGCAAGGAAGAGAGGGAGCAUUUCCUUAGAGAGACACAGAGAGAGAGGGGGCAGAGAAGGAGAGGGAACAUGUUCUGUACUCUUGAGGUGUCCCAUUUGGACCUAAGUGAGGUAUUACUGAUGUCCUGAGAGGUAGUUUUUUUUAUACAGCCUGGUAAAAGAUUAGCUUAAGGGAGUCAGAAGGGCAUCCUAUCUUGUAAACAACAUUUGGCCUAGUAGUCUCAAACUGCCUGUUAAGCACUUAGCAUAUCUACAGGUCUGGAAACUGGUUUGGGUUUAAUGGUAUUUGGUUUACUUGGCCAUAAUUUCACACAUGGAGUUAAAAAUGGAAGGUUUAAAAAUACAGACAUAGCUUUCAAGAUCCCGGCUAGCCUCUUUAGCACCAGUAGGAUUAGCUGUGCUGCUAUAAAUUCAAAACUGUUUUUUGUGUGGUUUUUUUCAGACUUUUAUCAACAUUUCCAGAUUGUUUGGUUGUGUAACUUCUCUAAAAUGGUUGGAUUGAUCUGAAUGUUGCAAUUUCAGUGGGAAAUGGCGAACAGUUUCUCCAACAAAGGACUUGCAGUGCAAGGCGUCCAUGUCUUUAAAAAAAAAACACAGCAGAAAAAUUAACCUGUUUGCUUGAUACUCUUCCUCUCUGUUCCUAUUGUGAGGCCUGGCAGAGGCCUCUGUUAUAGGCUGCGUCCCACAUUGCGCUAUAUUCCCUAUGUAGUGCACUGGGCCGAAUAGGGUGCCAUUUGGGAUGUAGCCCUAGAGUCCGGAUGCUGUUCUGUUGGAAACCUGCCCAAACACCCAAAACUCCACGUGUGUGUUAAACAAACGCUUCCUUUAAAGAUUACCCUGGAGAGGCACAUCUCAAACCUGUACGUAGAUCAGAUCCAAAGGAUAUUGUUAUAGCUGUACAGCAGAGAGAGGGAAAGACAGGAAUAUGGUGUGAGGCAGGAAGAGGGGGAGAGUACUGUGAGAGUUAGUCAGCGAGAGUGUGUGUGAAGGAAGCUAUGCAGUGUCAGUAGCUUCCUGUGUGUUGGCCAAGCCCAGUUAGCACACCACACCACAGAGGAAGAGCCUGACUCUUGGCCUUUACCAGCCUCGCCUGCCUCGGCCUGCCUGCCCUGCCUCGGCCUUGCCGGACACAAAGACCCUGUCUGUUUACCAUCUAAUUUGAUUUGCAUGCACAGCAGAGCUCCCACAAUCCAACCAAAAUGGCAUCACGAUCCACAGCAGCAUGAUCUGCAGACAGCAGCUUGAUUUCAUUUCUCGCCCACUCCCUUGCAAUAGCCGGAGCGACUCUCAUUUCAGAGUUCAUUUUGGUUUAGAAUGCUUUGAAAAGUAUAGCUGUAGCUAGGGCUUGGUGUACUGCUAGUGUUCUAGUCUUCAAACCGUGUCAUACAUCAAUCCCUACGAGAGGACAACACUGAUGUUGUGUUUCAGUUAUCUAUCAUUCCUUUGUGUAAAAAUCAGGUGGUCAUGGCUAACUGUGUGCAGUGGAAGUUUGGUUAAUAACUCCUGUCAAACACUUGGAGUUCCCCCUCUUCAAGUUGUUUUUGAGACGUUUAGAUCCGUAGAAGUAUCAUACAAAGGUUGGGAAAGGAAAGGAAAGCAUGGUACCUAUAAGAUCCAGACCUGGGUUCAAAUACUAUGUCAUGUUUUUUUAGUAAAAAAUAAAUAAAUUGUUUCAAUUAUUUAGAAGUCAGUAUUUAGAUAUUAUUUACUUGAAAAGACAAGUAGUUGAAUAUUGGACUGUAUUUGUAAAUGCACUGUUGAAUGAGAGUGUACCAGUGUUGUUUUCUCACUGUUAAGUUAUCGUAAUAACAUGAUAUCAAAACAAAUGUACAAGGAUCAGAAAGGUACACUACCGGUCAAACGUUUUAGAACACCUACUGUGCUCAGCAUAUGUGGGAACUCCUUCAAGAAUCUUGGAAAAGCAUUCCGGGUGAAGCUGGUUGAGAGAAUGCCAAGAGCUUGCAACGCCAGGGUUGUGGGUUCGAUUCCCAUGGGGGGCCAGUAUGAAAAUGUAUGCACUCACUAACUGUAAGUCGCUCUGGAUAAGAGCGUCUGCUAAAUGACUGAAAUGUAAGUGUGCGCAAAGCUGUCAUCAAGGCAAAGGGUGGCUAUUUGAAGAAUCUCAAAUAUCAAAUAUAUUUUGAUUUUAACACUUUCUUGGUUACUACAUGAUUCCAUAUGUUAUUUCAUAGUUUUGAUGUCUUUACUUUUAUUCUACAAUGUAGAAAAUAGUAAAAAUAAAGAAAUACCCUUGAAUGAGUAGGUGUUCUAAAACUUUUGACCGGUAGUGUGUGUCAUAUGAAAUUUCCUCUCAAACACGGAGGAACGCUCCACCACUGGUUGAACCAGUCAGCGUAUAUCUAAAUAACAGUCCUCUCUCACUCUCACUCUCUCUCACUGAAAGACAUGGAUGACAUCCAAGUUGCGUCAAAAGCACCCCUGCUUGUUGACCGGGAAUUGCCAGUAAGUAAACACACGAUCAUUAAUAUUAUCAUACAUUUGAUUUGCAUGUACUAUAGACUACGGUUUAUUUGUCUGUGCGAAAUGUAGUUUAAACUUUGUUAUAGGACAACUGAACUCCAUACAUAAAUUAUGACUGUUUAGCUGUCAGGAACAGUCUGAAAUGUUUGUGCUGUACAUUGAUACUGGUCCUUACCGAUACAUUUUUUUUUCCUCAACUUUCUUUAUAUUUAAAACACAAUGCAGCCCAUAGGACAAUUAGGUAUUCUCUAAUUCAUCAUAUCUUAUUGGAAGGACUUAACUCUCUAUAACCGUUGUCUCUGUCAUUUUUAGGGGUUGAGAGCGGCUGUAGCACAACUUGUGAUAAAGGUAUGUCCCUAUGGUACACACAUAGAUAUCCACACUUCUUUUUAUUUAACUACGCAAGUCAGUUAAGAACAAAUUCUUAUUUACAAUGACUGCCCGGACGAUGCUGGGCCAAUUGUGCGCUGCCCUAUGGGACUCCCAAUCACGGCCGGUUAUGAUACAGCCUGGAAUCAAACCAGGGGGUCUGUAGUGACGCCUCAAGCACUGAGAUGCAGUGCCUUAGACCGCUGCGCCACUCGGGAGCCCACAUGUUGACAUAACCCACAAGUUUCAGUGUAGAGUAGUCAGAUUAAUGUCCACAUGGAUUAGGUUGUGAUAAUUUAGUAUUUAGCCACAUCUGGUGGGCAAUGUAAAAGGACAGUUAAUUAAUUAAUCAUCUUGCAGUACUUGCUGCCCCUUAGGCUUUUCUGGUGGAAGUUUUGCACACAUUUAAGUCUCUUUGAUACUGACAGAUGACGUUACAUGACUACUGCACUAAUGUUUUAUCUGUAGCCCUUUGUGUAAUCUGAAGAGGAAAAAGUAUAAUUUAAUUUUGAGCACUAGUAUGAGUGUGUAUGUUGUCUUGACAUACAGCCAGCAGCAUACCAACUACAUACAUUCAGGACCUUGGACUGCACCACUGGGAACCCACUACCUACCAAUCAAUGCUUUCAUUCUUAACUUAUAAAUAGCCUAUCAUGUGCUAAUAUCCUGAAAAAUUCGACCUGGGAAUUGUCAGUGGUGCCAGUAGAGGGAUUCUCCCUGCAGCUAACCAUCUCGUGGAAACCGACCCUCAUGCCGGUUGGGAUUAGUCAACUCAGGUUUCCAGGGCAAGCGUUUAAUAUCACUUUGUGUCUUAGAGCCCUACUGACGUAGGUAGAGGAGGGACACCUCGGACACCUGUCCCGUUCCCAGGCUGCCUCCCCCUCCCCCGUUCAGCUCAGGCACACUAGUUACACAUGUAUCCCUCCUCCUUUCUCCUCUCCCUCCUCUAGCUAGCUCAAUGGGAUUAGCUCAGCAUAUGUCUAUAUCAAACUGCCGCCAAAUAAGCCGUGGCUACCUAGACGAUACUGCCAUCAGAUGUUUACCUUAUGUCAUGUAAAUAGGUUAUGUGAACCUGGAGGGAAGCCUUGGUUGAACUGGAUUUGACUACAUUGUUGACUCUUAUUGCGUCCCAAAUGGCAACCUGUUCCCUAUGUAGUGUACUACUUUUGACCAGAGCCAUAGGAAUUUGGAAAAAUGUGUGCACUAUGUAAGGAAUAGGUUGCCAUUUGGGACACACCUACUCAGGGUCUUAAACUGGACCUAACUACCUUCCUUGUAAGAUUUGUUUUGGUCAGUGUAUGGGGUUUAUGACGUCAGGAUUCCUCCGCUAUUCCAGUGGCAAUAGUAUUUAAUUGGUAACCACUCAUACUUGCAGUAUCAGUAGGUCCAGUGGGCUAGGCCUAUGAAAUUGAACGUGCCGCAAACAAAAUUGCACCUAGGAGCCAAUAGUCUAUCUGAUCUUUGGAAUAGUAGACUAAAGAUUAUAAUCUCCCCACACUGAUAACAUUGAGACAUGAACUGAUGUAUUUGUACAGUAUCUCAUAAUGAUCCUGAGUGAAUCAUUUUCAAUCUAUUGAAACAUUGCCACAUAGACAUACCUAACAGAAUGACUUAAUACACUAUAAAGGCUUCAGACAUGAUUAUGCCAAUGCUAUUACAAAAAAAUACUUUAUUUUUCUCUUUCUUGACCGCCUGAUAUGUCAUCAAAUUAGGAUAUUUUGACAACUGGGUUAAAGAUUAUUCAUUGCUCUUGUAUACUGGAUUCCUAUUGAUCUGAUGGCUUGCUUACUCUUCACUUUGGACUAUUCAUUAAAUAUCCCUUGCUGCCCCACUUUCUGACAUUGUGCUGAUCCAAUUUAGGGAUCUCUUCAGCUAGAAUUAUCUUGUUUUGACCACCUUGCAAAGCACCAUGGGAGGCCAUGGGCUUAUGCAGAGUAGUAAGUACCAGGGGUAUAAAACACAACCCUCAGACAAGUCCCCUCAUAAGAACCUUUUACAGAAGCUUACCUUCAAUUGGAUCUAUAGCUCAGAGCAGUACCUCUGUUUACUACUCAGUACGGGUGACCAAAAGCCACUAGAAAACAUGGUUCUUGAGGGGGAUUCGGACAUGGAGAGUGUUGCUGAGAUUGAAACCUCUGUGAGUACUGUUGGAUCUCUGUCUGUUAUGGAGUAGUUGAUGGUGUGCUUUGACGGUUCGUCUUGGGCUUGUUUACCUUCAGUUUGUACUAUUGUGGGAUUGAAAUAAACAAUCUCAGAUUGGGAGAAACAUGGUGGACUGAUGGUCCUUUUGGAAGUAAUACGCAUCAGUCAAAAAUCAUAAUUGUUGAAGCAUUAUUGCCAGACGCUCUGGUUGAUGACUCCUUGAGAAACAGUACUGAAUGCAGAAAGGCUAACGGCUUUUGCAUGAGCCAAUUGUCUGUUUCACUGAAAGUUGGAUAUAUUUUUUUUUGUUUUCAAUGGCACUUUCUGAUGAAGCCUUUACAUUUUGGUCAUUUUAGCGUUUGCUCUUAUUCAGAGCGAACUUUAAGUCUGUUUGGAUGUGUUCUGAUUUACAAUGUGUUGAGUGUUGGAGAAAAUACAUGCGGCCCAAAUGAAAAACAAGUGAUUCUGAAGGGCAAAACUAAAUCCAUAAUGAUUCAUUCAAGUGUUUUCUCUGCAUCUUCAAAGCUGACAUGAGCUUAGUGUAUUCUCAUUCUCUGCUAAGCAUGGAUACUUUGGUGCAGUUCAACUCUGUUUCGCUUAGGGUUUACCUUGUCCAGGUCGAGUAGAGUUCUUCAUUGUUUUUUUGUUUGUUAUGGAUAAUAUUUUCUUCUAAAGUUUAACAGAGUUUUGUGGUACCCCUAUUUGCUAACCGUGGUUUACUCCAUCUUUAGGAGCACGAUGUGGAGACUCCCCAUGGAAGGAUCCACUGCACCAUGAAGGGGACGCCCAAAGGAGACCGGCCUGUCAUCCUCACCUUCCAUGACAUUGGACUGAACCGUAAGCCCCAUACGCUUCACUCAUCCCAUCCUAGUUAAUGGAUUUGAUGUCACCCCUCAAUGUAAGACUAAUGUCCCCAUGCUCUUUGGUAUUACUACCUUCAGUAUGUUAAGUUUGAGAAUGAGAACGUCUGUUUGUUGACUGUAACGGCUAGUCAACAUCAUGAAAAGUUCAUUUACUUUGUUUGUAAAAGAUAAUUGAUUCUCAAUGACUUACCUGGCUAAAUAAAGAUAAACAUUUAAAUAAAUAGAUACAUCGAAAGUUGAGAAGAAGCACACAAUGCCCACCAUGUUAGACAUCUGUCAUCCACAAAUCAUGUGAGAUCCAGCCUCAUCACUAACAUCCUGUACCUGAUCUACAUGUUGUUUCAGACAAGACGUGCUUUGACCCCAUGUUCCAGCAUGAGGACAUGCAGGAGAUCAUGCAGCACUUUGCUGUGUGCCACAUUGAUGCCCCUGGGCAGCACGAGGGGGCCAACACGUUCUCUAAUGGGUGAGCCCAGUCGUCUAGCCUUAUCUCACAUCUUUUUUGUUGAUUGGAUAGGACAGAUGGAAAGAUGGAGGAGAGAGUGCUGAAACUGCAGUGGGCCGUAUUCAAACCCAUGCUGCAGCGGUAUGUGUUCUGGAGGCAGCGGCUUAGACCACUUGACCACCCUAGACCUCACCGCCUUUGCACCAAAUGUAGGCCAGCCUGUUCGUCUGUUACCCUUUGACCUCUGUACUGUACAAUCUAGAUCUGUUGUGACCCAUUUACACUGAUGUCUUGAUAAAUCAUUAGCUAGUUAGGUGAAUAUAGUUUUUUACCUGAUUGCUUUGCUGCUUCAUUUUUAUGACCGUUUGCAUCUUGAGUCCAUAUCACCAUUGAUCUGAAUAGGAGAGAUGAUCAAAGUGAAAAAAGGAUCGGAGAAACCAGUAUAAGGCUGUUGCUGGAAUAGAGAUCUGGAGGGCAGUGAUAAGAAGCAUUGUAUAGUGUUGAUAAUGGAAGUACUUUAACCCUGACGGUUGUUGUUUUCUGUCCAGGUACGAGUACCCCUCCAUGGAUCAGCUGUCUGAGUCCCUCCCCCUGGUCCUCAAGCAUUUUGGGUAAGUCCAAACAAGGACUAUAAGAUUUAGAAAUUGAUCAAAUAUUUUCAUUAUGAAAUAUAUUUCUCCUCAUACAUUUGAACUGUUCAGGAUCUAUAUUCUGAAAGUGUCUCAGAUUAGAAGUGUUGUUUUGCCUUCUAGAUCAUAAUGAAUAAGACUCCUAUUUUGAGAUGCUUUAUGAAAAAAGACCAUGAUGUCUUAGACCUCCAUCCAUUUUGGCUCAAAAAAGAUUCUGAUGAUAUUGUGUUUUUGUUAACCACAGCCUGAAAAGCGUCAUUGGAAUAGCCGUCGGAGCUGGAGCCUACAUCCUGGCGAGAUUCGCAGUGAGUUUGACGCCCUCCUACCUUCCCCUUUCAAUCAUGCUUAAGUAUGCUUCAUUAUGAAGAGUUUUAAUCAAACUGGGAUUAGAAGUUACAGUAUACUAAUGUUCCCGGUGAUGCAGUGCUGAUUUUGGGUGUACAAUCCUGCUUAUUGCUUUAGCCUGCUGCUGAGAGUGUGGAAAUGUUCUAGACUGGCUCCGCACCAAAACACCCGGCUCUGUAGGGACUCCCGUCUCAAUGUGCUGAAACGCAGAUGAGGGAGGGAUACAAAUAAUGUUUUAACUCCUAACUGACCUCGCUCUGUUACGAAACGUUGAGGUUUCAAUGCGUAUAGUGAAUUAAAUGGACCCCUAUGAGGUUUCAAUGAGCACUGUUUGUAUAUUUUCACCAUUACGAAGUCAUUGACCGAAUGUUUGUUUCUGUUUUUAGCUGGACUACCCAGCGUUGGUGGAAGGCCUGGUUCUGAUUAACAUCAACCCCUGUGCUGAGGGAUGGAUGGACUGGGCUGCAAACAAGGUACAAUACAGGACCAUCUCCACAGAUCCACAACAAUCCAUCAACUUUGAUUUAUAAAGCCCUUUGUCAACAUUGUCACAUAGCUUGUUUAUACAGUAUUAACGUAGCUAUGUAUAUGAUUGAUCUUUGCUAUUUGACCCAUAAAAAAAAAAAAAAACUCUGCUUUUGAAUCUCUUUUCAGGUCACUGCUUUGCCCGAAAUGCUCAUCGGCCAUCUCUUCGGAAAGGUGAGCAGUGGGCACCCAGAUAGACAGUGAUUGAAACUGCAAAUCACAUCAACAUAAUCCUAUUGAAUCUAUUCCAAUUAUGGGCUACAUAGAUAUAGGACAGUUCACAGCAGGCUUACAUGUUGCAGUACUGUGUCACUAGGUCACAGAGUCUGAGUAGGUGUUUAUUUAUGUCUCUGUAGGAGGAAAUCUCCAACAACCAUGACCUUAUCGCCACCUACCGCCAUCACAUCAUGAACGACAUGAACCAGUACAACCUGCACCACUUUGUCAAAGCUUAUAACAGGUAAAUACACUGGGCUCCUGCAGAGAAUAAUCAUAAAAUGGUAUCCAUGAGUUAAUCUGACUCUAGGGAAGUAGAUAAAGGGCUUCAUUGUCAAAAUCCUGAUGUAUCCCUUUCAAUCAAGUCUUACAACAUGUAAAUACACUAGACUCCUCGCUGCAGAGAAUAACACGGAUUACCAUGAACAUCCUUUGACUCCGCAUAAACAUGUAUAUAUUUUAUAUACAUAAUCAAGUCUUACAAGUCCUCCAGAGGACACCUGUAUAUUCAUUAUAGACAUACUGUGUCUUAUUUAUGUAUUUCUAUAUAAUGUCUUAUAUUACAUAUCUAUAAUAUAAAAUGUGCAUAUGUAAUAUCAUAUUUGUAAUAUGUCAAUAUGUUCAGUUUGGGCCUCACUGAUAUCCCACCUUUUUCCCUCCCAGCCGGCGGGAUCUGGAGAUUGAGAGGCCCAUUCCUGGUGGGAAAGUCUCCGUCAGAACCCUGAAGUGAGUUCCAAACCUUCUGACCUUUCACCAUACCUCAAUCAUCUCACAUGGCAUAUUGCUAGAGCCCUGAGUUUUCCCUGACCUGGAAACUCUGGGCCCUAGUUAUAGCCUGGUGAGAACCUGGAAACUCUGGGCCCUAGUUAAAGCCUGGUCAGGUGGUUACUCGGUCCGGGAAAAACUACUGACCCUGUAGUAAUAUAACCAGAAAUUGAUAUAAUGACAAGAUGCUAGUCUCCGCCCUAACAAUGGGAUUCGUUGACCACAGAGCGGAACGGCGGGCUGUCAAGCUCCCUCCUGUUCCUCUCUUUAGAUUGGUGGAUACAUCUCGUUAUUUGACUACUUUGUUGAAUAGUCGAUGAGAGGUGUUGACGUCAACCGCCUGUAUUCAAUGGAGAGUGAGAUGCUAGCCUCAUGAAUAUGCAUAGACCGUCUCGAAUUUCAACAGGGACAACUCAGAUAUAAAGUGUUUUUUCUCAAAGUUGCCGGGAUGUCACGUGCAUCACACUUAUAUCAGUACAGUCGUCACAACCUAAGCAUUACCAAACUUCUAUUAAAUCAAAUAAGCCUCACGUAUCAAAAUAGCAAUUCAUUUUUUUGCCCUCAGGUGUCCUUCUCUGUUGGUGGUAGGAGACAGCUCUCCAGCCGUUGACGCUGUGGUAAGUCCAAGUACACACUCUGUAAUCCUAACGGCCAUAAACAAAUCAUUAACAGUAAUACCUCUGGUCUUCAGUUCCUAAGAACACGUGUUGUCCAUUCAUCUAAAUCAGGGCUCUCCAUCCCUGUUCCUGGAGAGCUACCGUCCUGUAGGUUUUCACUCCAACCCUAAUCUAGCGCACCUGAUUCUUAAUAAUUAGCUGGUUGAAAAACUGAAUCAGGUUAGUUACAUCUGGGGUUGGAGUGAAAACGUACUGGAGGGUAGCCCUCCAGGAACAGGGUUGGUGAGCCCUGACCUACCCAACAAGGUAUUUACAACAUUAACAAAGGUUAACUUUUAGGAUUCAAACAUGGGGAAAAAAAAGGGAAAGAAAUCAAACACCACAAAAGCUAUUCUAGCAAUAAAAUAUUACUCCUCCAGUUACCUAUUUAUUUCUCUACUAGGGUAAAUAUUUAGUCGCUCAAUUAGACUCUGUACUUUGCAUCCACAGGUAGAGUGCAAUACUAAGCUGGACCCGACAAAGGCCACACUGCUCAAGGUGAGUAGCCUCUACCUCCUCCUGCUAAUAAUAGGUCCGAUCUUGGCUAGGCAGUCUGAUGAGCUUCCAGAAGCUCCGCAACUACCUGGUGACUGAUUUACUAGCCUUGCCUUGGACUCCUGAGACCGCAGGUUGAGGCUAUGCUGCUGUACCCAGCCUCCAGGGUAUGUUCAUUAGACACGCAAUGGAAAAUGUUUUGCAAAGAAAAAUUUGAGUUUCUUAUUGGACCAAGUCCAGCCCUCCCUGUUUGAGUUUUUUUACUGCUGUUUGGUUCCUGAUAAACAUGACCCAGGUCACAAUCCUUCCUGUCUGGCCUACCUAGGAUGUGCACACCCCUGGCUGUGACCAAAUGCGUUCUGUAAAGCCCUGAAAUGGGCACAUUUUAUAGACCAUAAACUGUUAACUGUCCAGAGGCUAAUGGAAAACACUUGUUGUUUCACGUUGAGACAGUGUUAAAAAGGGAGGUUGUUUUGUGUAAUGGGGGGUGACUAAUGUCGUACUGCUGCUGACCUGCUACCUUAACUCUUUUCUCUUGAAUGACGUGCUCCUGAGGUGUUAACGGUCCCUAAUCUCAUGGCCUCUUUAUUUUGUAUUUUCAUCCAGAUGGCCGAUUGCGGAGGCCUGCCCAUGGUUGACCAGGUGCGUUUCUAACUUGUUAGCACGUUCACGCAGGCGGGGUGGGUUGGCAAAGGGAUAAUCGUUAGUGGGCUAAUACACGGGCAGCUUCACUUAAGAGCAUUAGUGACAGUAGCAAUGAGGCACAGACGUCAGGUCUGGAGAGUUAAUACCCAGCUCAGCACCUGCUGCUACAACAGCGGUCAUACAUAUGCCUCUCAUUAUCACAGUUUGUAGGUUAGGACAUGAAUCCAUCUGUUGAUAUGUCAUGUGUAUAAUAACAGGGAAACAAGUGGCAAACUUUCUCCUUUGCUCUCCCAACAGCCUGCAAAGCUGACGGAGGCCUUCAAGUACUUCAUUCAGGGAAUGGGCUACAGUAAGUACACACACUCUGUGUAACCAACGCUGACCAGUAAUUAUAUUAACAUAAGUAUUUAAUUAUGUAGAAAGAUAAAAGCCUGGUUACCCUAUUACUGUUUGCAAAAAACAUAGGUGUUCACAUCAACCUGUAAGAAUGAGUUUUCCUGCCACCUGGUGGGUGAGAUUAGAAACUGCACCUUCAGAUAACAACAGGAUGGCAGUUAACCUGUUCUAUAAUGAUUUAAAGAUACAUAUUAAAUAUAGUGCCUGCAAUCAGACUUCAGUUGACCAUGGAUACAGGAGUGUGAAUGGAUCUUUAACCUCCUUCUCUGGCUCUGUUGUUCUUCCUUUUCCUCCUCUUCCUCCUCCUUUCCUUAGUGCCCGCCGCCAGCAUGACCAGACUGGUCCGCUCUCGCACUGCAUCGGGCUCCAGCAUCCACUCCAUGGAUGGCAACCGGAGCCGGUCUCACACCAACGAGGGCAACAGGAGCCGGUCACACACCAAUGAGAAGCGUGGUCGCUCCCACACGGACAGUAUGGAAGGCACAGCGAAUAGCAGCGCUGCGCUCAAAUCCACCGAAGUGUCCUGCUAGAUGACCCUUACAUGACACUCAACCUCUGACCCCCUGCCCCCCUGGUUCCCGCUGCGCUGCCACUAACCACACCUACAAACACACAUACACAACUAGAGAAUAUUGUCUCUAUGCCAAAGAGUUAUGCGAAGAGGUUGUGUGUAAGGCUAUGCAAGUGUAUAUACUACUGCAUUAUAAAGGAAAUUCCUUAGAGGGGAAAUAUGUAUUCUGAAAUAAACAGAUCCCUUCCCAUCUGCCGAGUCAGGUGGAAUGUCUAGUUGUUAGGGGCAACGCAGCAGAGUGACACACCGCAACGGAGAAUGUGAGAGAAAGCUGUGGCUGCAGAGCGAGUACCUAGUACAGCAGUUUAAAUCUAUCGUGACAUGUUUCUUUUUUGUCUGUAGUUCUUGAGUGCAUUUGACACAGCUUUCUCAAAUGUGCACCUGACUGUUUCUAAUUGUUCAUCAUUAACUUUUCAGUGUUCUGAUUCAUGUACUAGAAGUGGAGUAAGAAUAGGGAGGAAAGUGGCAAGGAAAGAAAGUCGGCUUUUUUAUCUUCUCAAAUUGCUAUUCGUCUUUGAAACUGGAAAGGAGGGAAUUGAAGAGUAUCAUCAUGUACAUACAACACAUUCAUGUAACUCUUCCUCUGUUUUAGGAUGUUUCGUCUGGAGUUAAGUCUUCUGGAUGUAUCUGUUAACUCUCUGGAAUCAAAUGAUUGUAGCCAUUCUAUUGUAGAACAUUCCAAGAGACUACCCUUCCAUUAAUCAAACAAACACAAACUGUUGCUUUAUUAACAGAUCAUGGCUUCAGGCACAAUUGUUCUUUUGGAUAUUUCUUCUCGUGUAUGUAAAUGAUUAUAUUUGUUCUGCCGUGAUUACAUAGAAAUAAUGUGCCAUGGAAACCCUCUUUGACUUAUUAAGGCUCCUUUGUUGUGAUGGAUUUGAGAAAGUCAAGCCGAUCCACAUGAUGUAAUAUAAAGAUUGAGUUAGCCAUAGAGCUUAUCAAAAACCCUCUCCAACUAUUACGUGCACUAGAGCAACACUUGCCGGCUACAUCGCUUUAUAAAGAUACACUACUGCCUAAUGCUGUAGACGAGAAGCAUUAAAUAUGGCAUAACAGUUUAUUUACUAAGAAAAUAAAAACAUAACUUUUUGUCCUGGUGUUGUCAUCAUUUUAUGUAGAAUGUGGCCUUGUAAGAUCAAACGAUACCACAGUUCCACAGGAUCAUAUUAACCAUAUAUAGCACAUGCAUUCUAUAGUAGCAUCACCAUCUCUUACUCAUUAUUCAAUUCAGAGCCACACGAUCAAAUCAACUUUACAUGAGAUUGAAUGAGAUUUCAUGAAACUUGUUACUGUGAAUAUAGAAAUACCUGUAUGACAAACAAUUUUUUCAAUCAUUUAGUAUUCAAGAUAUACUUCAAUAAAUUAUAACUAAAAUAUUUCACACACUUGGUUUACUUGUAAGUCAAUAAACUCUUUCCCAAAGCAACCAUAUACAGACCAUAAAGACAUGCUUAAAAAACCCUCUGAAGUUUCAAAACACAAAAAAACAUUUAUUUACACAUUUUUCCAAUAGGAAAAAAAGCAUAAGAAAGAUCCCCUUGUAAGAAAAAUACUUUGACCGGUAUUCAAUCCAAUGGACGAUCUAGAGGAGCGCACUAUAACAGACUGAAUGCAAUGUCUGCGAAUGCUGGGACUGUCUUCUGCAUGAUGCACUGUUCUAUAACGUGCCUUGGAUUGAAUAUCGGCCUUUAUGUAUGAAAUAAAAUAUAUAACAGAGUUUCUGAAGUUCUGACAAACCAAAAAAACGUUGAGAAAGGGAAAAGUAAGUGAAAAUAGGGGUAGAUGGAAGCUUAGGCCUAGAUUCAAUCAGAUC